AUGGAGGACAUUGGCUGGGUCCUGAUCCAGCUCUCCAUUACAACCAUUUUCAUGCAAUGGGCGAUGUCGGCAUGUUGCAAACGGAAUGCACAGUGUGUUCUUUGUAUCCUCCUUGCUUAACUUUACGUGGAUUUGACCGUAUUUUUUAGAUUCAAGGUCAUGGACUAUCGAAGAUCUUCGACGACAACGCAGAGCCAGGUGGGCAUGGGGAUUUUGGGUUAAUAUACGAUUUAAUAGAAAGAUGAACAUUUAAUUUUAUUCUGUGAAGAUUGAAUAUCGCCAUGAGAAGUCUUGAAAGGGGCUUCUAGGGAAAAUUUGCCAUUUGGGGGUCAGAAUUUAUAUUACGCUUGACAUCAAACAAACAGGUCUUGAUGAUAAUUUUUUCAUGGAACAGACUGCUUUUUGAACUGAAUAUCGCAGUUGGGGCCUUAAACCGUUGUAAAAACUCAAUAUCACCUUGUUCUUCCAUUUUUAAAGGCCAAAAAUUAUAUUACACUAGGUUCAAUUUACACGGGAAUUACCCCAAGUGCCGACGCUCAGAUUUUCUUUAAAUUUUGCACACACGUCGGGCACCCACCAAGUAUCAAUUCCUGAAAGUUUUAGCUCGCGAUUUGCAAGCGUCACCGUGAUAUUGAACCAUUUUUACCGCGGAGAGAGUAGGCCCAACCCGGAGACCGGUCAGAGAGAAAAACAUUUUUUGGCCAUAACUUUGGCAGUUUCGCGCGGAAAAAAUUGAUUUUUUGUGGAAACAUUACACUUUACGGUAGAAAUAGGUAUGCAACUUUUCGUUCCGAAACUCGGCAAAAAGUCCUAAAUUUUCGCCCACUAUCGAUCUAAAAUUCUUGGCUGUUUCUGCAAAGCGCGAGCUAGGCUUCUCGCGUAUAUUUUAGAAAAAAUUAUUCUAAAUUUGUGCCAAAUUUCAUCAAAAUCUAAGCGUCGCACUUGGGGUACUUCCCUUGUUAGUCCAAUACAAAGUUUGAGCUGUUUCGCAGUCAUGAAUAGCCUAUAUUUGAACUCUCUAGUUACGAAUAGGCUAACUGACGCCUUAGAAGGUUAAAAACAAAAUAUUUUUUUUUUAUCAUUUUCAAUCUAAAUUUUAUAUUAUAUCUUCUUCUAAUACCCCGCCAAAAUUUUUUUCUGCCAAUAUUCUUAUAUCAGCACAAUCAAAAUUCCGUUCCAGACCCGAAGUACCGACAAGUCCAAGAGCACAGAGGUCACCAAACCGCCUCCGGUAAAACAAAUCUUUGUGCCUCCCCACAGCUCGGACCUCUUGUCUUCGCCGACCCCAACAGAUGACCUCCCGAAGCCCAAAGAAGCCCCUCCACCGGCAAUGCCAAAGUCAAGCAACUCGGCGGAGGUCGUGCCCAAGAAAGACGACUCUUUUUCGAAGCGAAAGCCGGUUGUGGUGGAAGCGAAGCGCACCGGCUUCAUCCAGGAGCGGGGAUUCGUGGGCCGCGAAAGGGAUGACUAUAAGACGAUGCGGACCGGGCUACCGUCCAGCGACUUUGAGGACUCUGUUUAG